CUUGAAGCUUAUUUAACCUUGAUUUAAAUGAGGGACAUUUGCUGUUACAAUUAUUUAUCUUAAAUUUUUGCAUUCUUUUAUUCAAAAGCAGGUUUAUUUCCUAUUAACUUUAGCUGCAGUAAUGUUUGUAAUUUAAUGAUAAACACUGAUUAACUUCAGUUUAGUUCACACUGUAGUAUUUUAAAGACUAAUACUCUAUUUUUAAUACAUUUUCUGGUUAUUUUAAUCAGUUUUAAAAUUUUUGCUCUAUGCUAAAUUACAGGAUUUUUUUUAUAAAAAUAGUGUAAAUCCUUUUACAACUACAACAAUAUUUGGUUUUCAUUGACUACUUAUUUUUACAGAUAACUUGGGAAUAAGGUGAAUACUGAAUACAGUGAAUAAUAUAUUUAUUUUCAUUUAUAAUUUAAAUUUAUUCUGACAAUGAUUUUUAUCUGCUGUACACUUUGUUAAAAGUAGAGGUAAAUUUAAAUUAUUUGGCAUUUUAAUCGAUAAAUAUUUGUUAAAUAUCCAGUAUAAGACUAAUUGAAUGAGUCGUUUGAGAAACUCAACAUGUCCAAAAAAAUCAAUUUUCAUGUUUUUGCAUUGUUACUAACCUUAUAGACUUGCAUGUCAAGAAAAACCUGACCCUGUUAACAUUCUAAAUGAACCUUGAGUGUUGAGAAAUUUUUCUGAAUCAAGGAAAACCCGGCAACCUCAAGAAGUUUUUUUGUUUUUCCACAACUUUGCUUUUGUAGAAACAUCAGAUUCUCAAACAACUGAUCAAUUAUUAUUAGUAUUUUGUAUUUCAAUUGCAGUUCUAGUUAAUCCUUUCUAAAUAAUUAAAUUGGAAAACAAGUAAAUAUCAGGAACAAUACCAUAAAACAAUUUAUUUUACAUCUUUCCAUAAAAGUGUGUCCCAUCUAAAAGAUUAUGUUGCCUUACAGUUUUUAAUUCUCUGUAAUCUUUUUAGCAAAUAUGUUCUUUGAUUCUUCAAAAAUUCUUAUCUAGCUUUUCUUUAUUUCAAUACUAAUGUAUUUGCCAAGGUUCUGAGACGUUUUCUUGUAACAUGUCUAACUUAAUAUUGUCUUUAUAUAGGAUUAGUCAGAGUUGAUUGUAAGGACGCUCGGUUUCAUAAUCAGUUAAAGUGGACUUUCAAUUUUAAGUUGGUACCUUUAUCAAUGCAAUUAAUAUGGGCAAAUGUCAACUUUAAAGUGAACUUUAGUUAAUGUUCACUUUAAGUUGAUUAUGAAACUGGGCGUUACAGUUUUAUCUAUACUGGCAUCAUGUUGAAGCUUGGAAAUAUUAACACUUUCAUUCCAGGCUAACAGGGUUGGCAAAAACCAGGGUUUUUUUCGAAAAAACCAAAAAACCAGGCUUUUUGGUUUAAACCAGGUUUAUGUGGUUUAAACCAGGUUUUUUUGAUACAAAGUAUUAUAAGUCUAAAAACUUUAAAAAUGAAUAAAUUAUUUCAUAAAAUUAACUAAUAAACAAUGAAAAAAAAAGGAAUAAGACAACUUUUACUUUUAUUUGCACACACAAAAAAUUAAUAUAACAAAAAAAACAUCAAACGUUAUAAUAUUCAAAAUAACUAAGUUCGAAAGUAAAAAAAUAGAAAUUAUUUAUCUUAAUUUUCUUCCUUUGCGGCAGCUGUAGUAAAAACUUCAAAUAAAAACACCAGUCUGGAGGAUCAGUAAAAAAAAUAAAAAUAAAAAAACCCGAUUUAAACCAACUGGUUUUUUUUUUCAAGAAAAAAACCAGUUGGUUUAAACCAAGGUUUUAAGCAUGUUGGUUUAAACCUGCCAACCCUGCGGGCUAAUAUCAGAUAUUUGUCUCAUGUGCCACUUUUAUACUCUCUCCUAUGGCACUACAGCCCAAGUCAGGCCCUGGCCUUACCUAGCAUCCGUCUCCAAGUAUCUCUGUUCCUGGCUGCUCACUUCCAGUUAUUCACCUUCAAUAUCUCUUUAGCAUCGGUUCUCACUUUGUCUAUCCACUUCUUUCUUUGUCUUCCUACUGGCCGACGUUCUGCUGGUGAUAGUUCUGAUAAGUGUUCUACUAGGUGUUCUGCAGUUGUCCAUUCUUAUAAGGUGACCUGCCCAGCGCAAUCUUUGUAUUUUUGCAUAAUUUGCUAUAGAGGGUUCUUUGUAAUACUGGUAUAACUAGUCUUGCCUGCCAAGGUAAAACAGUAUAUGUGAAAAAAGUCGAUUUUUGAAUUUUCCGCCGAAACUGGGUUAUUUUCCUGCUCUUUCUUAUGCAAUUUUUAGUUUAUUUCUAUCUUAUUUAGUUUUCAAAAUGUAACAGUGGUAAAACAGUAUAUGAGUACGUGUACUUGCGUCUCUGCUAUGGCAAAACAGUAUAUUCGACAAACUCUACAAAGGCAGAAUAGUAUACAUCGUCAUACACUGCUUAUCCCUGGUAUUAUGUUAUUUAUUUAUUAUUUAUUGACGGACUGAAGUCCAUUAGUACAUGAUACAAUUAAAAUGUCACACAAAUUAUAAAAACAAUUCAAAAUAAGAUCUAGUACUAGUAGGUACAAAGUUGGUAAAUACAUAAUAAACAACAACAAAAAAAUAAAAUUACUUGCUCUCAUUUAACAAUUGAAAGCUAGUCCUAUAAUAUAAAGUAAAAAAUCUAAAUAUCUAAAACAUUUUGCAAUUGACAAAUACAACUUAUCUUAGAACAAAGACAAUAAUAGUAAUUGACAAACCAGUCUUGAAAUUAGAACAUUAAGUUAAAUAUAAAUGUAAUUGUGUGGAAAACGCAGUAAAGUCGUUCAUAAAGAAAUCAAUAUGCAGAGAUGAUGUGUUUGCUAAUUUAAUAGUUUUACAGAGAUAGGAACUUAAACCAUAGUUUGUACGGUUAAUGACUUCGUGGAAGGUGGUCACAGAACAGGUGGUUCUUGAAGGUACUCGUAGACCCAAUUUUAUUUAAGAGUGAGAUACAGAAUUUAUGACCAUGAAUUAAGUUAUAUAAGAAGCAAAGAUCUUUAUGUUGACGACGACUCUGUAAUGAGUCAAGUCGAAUAAUUUGCAGUAAAGACUCAUAACUUUGACCAGUGAGAUGCAUCUUAUAAGCAUAAUAACGUAAGAAUUUAUGCUGAACUUGCUCGAUUUUAUUAAUGUGACAAUUAUAUUGAGGUGACCAAACACAUGAUGCAUAAUCUAAAUGUGGUCUAACCAAAGAAAUAAAGGUCGUUUUAAAAAACGACCAGUCAUAAAGUCAUAGCUACAUCUUUUAACAAAGCCAAGCAUCUUUAAUGACUUAGAAACCAUGCUAUUAAUGUGUAGGUUGAAAUUCAAGUUAGUGUCAAGAAUAACACCCAGAUCUAUAACUGAGUCAACUAAUUGAACAUAGUGUUCCGUAUAUAGUAAGAAUUAUUCUCAAAGUUUCUUAGUCUAGUAAAAGUUAUAGCAUGGCAUUUGUUUGCAUUUAAGUCCAUACCAUUAAGUGAGCACCAUUACACAAGACCAUUAAGAUCUGAUUGCAAAUUGUAGCGAUCAAAAUAAGAGGUAAUUAUGGGAAAUAAUUUAAGGUCAUCAGCAAAUAGAAGAAAUUGAACAAAAUUGAAACUUUUAUUUAUGUCAUUUAUAAAUAAAUUAAAAAGGAUAGGUCCUAAGUGGGAGCCUUGAGGUACCCCCGAUUUAACUAUAAUUUCAUUAGAGAAAUAAUUCUUAAUAUGAACUAUCUGCCUUCUAUCUAAUAGAUAAUUUCGAAUCCAGCUAAGCAGAGGAUCAGAGAAACCUAACUGUUCGAUCUUAUGUAACAAUAACGUAUGGUUGACCCUAUCGAAUGCCUUGGAAAAAUCUGUAUAAAUCGUAUCUACCUGUUGUUUGCUUUCCAAUGCUUCAUUUAAGAAGGAGAUAUAAUUUAACAAGUUCAUUUCAGUUGAUCUUCCCAUAACAAAACUAUAUCUAUUUAUAUCUAUUUUUUGAAACUCUACUGGUAACUGGUAAAACAGGAUAUAUGUAGUAUAUGCUGUUAUACGGUAACAUAUUUCAUAAAAACGGUGCCCCAAUUCCAAUGGUAAAAUAGUAUAAACAUUUCAUAUACUCUUACCAUAGUAUGACCAAUGGGAAUUUUUAUCUCCCCGGCGUAUAAAGUCUUUUAUAUACUCUGGGUAUACUGUAUACUGGAAAAAUGGUAAAACAGUAUAUGUCAUUUUACAAGCACAUUUGAAAAAACUAUACCUAUUUGCUGUUGUAAUAAUUAUUAUAAUAACAUACUUUUUUUAUAUUCCAAAUUUCACUUGUCUUACUUUAUAAAAGACAAAAUGGCACAAUAAAAGAACAAAAAGUCAUUUAUCUCAAAACUCAUUUUUUUCACAUAUACUAUUUUACCUUUGCAGGCAAGUAGUGGUUGAACCUUAUUCUCCAUAUACCAUUGUCGCAAAUGGGUCCCAAUAUCCUUUUAAUAUCUUUCUUUCAAAAGUAUUAAUAAGGUUUAUAAUCUUUUCAGUCGUGAUCCAUGUUUCUACACCAUAUGUUGCUAUUGGCUGUCAUGUUUCUACGCCAUAUGUUGCUAUUGGCUGUAUGAGGGUUUUGUACAUUUUAAACUUUACUUCCCUUUGGAUGUCUUAGGAUCCAAACACCUGCGACAGAGAGAAGUAUGCAUUGUUAGCAAUCAUUAUCCGUUUCCGUAUUUCCUCUUCAUCACUGCCAUUCUCAGUUAUCUGUACACCCGGGUAUGUGAGCUGUUCUACUACUUCUAUGUUUGCGUUGUCUAUUGUUAAAUUCUGCAAGUUUCUUUGGUUCCUUGCUGCCACUUUUAUACAGUCAUUGGAAAAUUGUUGAAAUGUAAACACCAUAGCCAUGUCAGUGGCACCGGAUUGAUAACACAAUACAGUUGAGUCUAGGGUUCUUUAUCCGGGCGUCAUCACUUAACCCUUUCGCUGCGUAAAGCGCACAUGCGCGCCCUCCUAUUUCUUUGUAAAAUGCGUAUGGCGCACAUGAGCAGCCUAUGUAUAUGGUGAUUUCCAUAUACAUUUAAAAUUGACUCAGUUUCAGGAGAUCAAGGAAACUUUGUCCGCAUUUUAUUAAAGGUCACUUCUAUUCAUAGGUGGCGUCGCGGCUCGGUGAAUCAUGUGGUUAGGUUUGCAGAGCUAUUCAUAGGUGGCGUCGCAGAUCAGUUACUCACAUAGUUAGGUUUUCAAAGGUGUUGUCGUUUCAAACGGUUUAGUGUGAUUAUAAGUUUAAUUAUUUGUAUAAUAAUGGCUGAUUUAAAUAAAGCUGGACCUUCAGGCGUAAAAAGACGUAAGACCGUGAAAGUGAGAAAUGAAAAAAAUCUGAGUGUUGAGGAAUUGAUGCAGUUUUUAUAUAAUUCAGACUCAGAUGAAGAUUAUGAAGACUCUGAUGUAGAUAACUUUGAAAUUGAAAAUGUUUCGGAAGACUCUUCUGGAAGUGAUACUGAGGAUGAUGUACUACAGAACGAGUUAAAUAAUACUGUUGCAGAUAAUCCUGACGUACAGAUUACAGACAAUGAAUGGACCGAAACAACUAGCGGUAUGAAACAAAUUCCAUUUACAAAAAGAAGUGGAUUGUUAGUCGAUAGUCCUGGUGAUAGUGCGUACGAAUGGUUUAGGCUGUUGUUUGACGAUGAACUUUUAAAUAUGAUUGUCUUACAAACUAACAGUUAUGCAGUUGAAGUUCUUUCUACCAGCAAAGGAUGUGACCGUUCAAGGAUUUCCCUAUGGAAGGAAUUAACAAUAUAACUAGAAUGUUACGUCUAGCAAAUCAAAAUACCGAGAGGCUUAAUUUUAGUUCCACACCCAACCAAUUUAUACGCAACUUACAACAAAUUAAUAUUGCCUCUUAAUUGUUUUGUUAUGUCCACCUUUACCAGUCUGUUUCUAAUUUGUUUUGUAUGUAAUUUAUAUUAUUUAUGUUAACCCUAUUUUAACUAUUAUAUUUUAUGUGUUAUAGUUCGAGAAAUUUAUAUUGUGAAACAGCUUUAAGGUCGGCAAAAUUUGGUAUUCUUUGUCAAAGAUGUUUUAAGAGGCGGUUCGUUUGAUGACAUCUGUUUUUCACACCCACAUAAUCGGUCCCCUCAGACAUUUACAAGUUUUACAAAACUUUUAGUUCAGUAGUAUGUCUUACUGGAGUAUAGGUGUGUGAUUUAAAGCUCGAUAAUGGAGUGUAAAAUGUUGUUUAAUUUAAGAUUAAUUUAUUAAUUAAUAAUUAAUUUUAGUACAUACGAUAUGUCCUGCUUUAACGGUAUAUCUAAGUAAAAAUAAAUAUUUUUAAUUACAUAUUUAAUCACCAGAAAAAACAACCAGCCUCCGAACUAUAUUAAAGGGGAACUGGCAGGACUUACAAAUCUGACC